AAAAAAGGGAAGCGAGAUUUUUGUAAUGUUACCUGAUUGCCGUCGCCGCCAUCACUCCUCCACGCAGAAGAGCUCAGCAACGCCAGGAGAGGGCAGGACGGCUCGAAAGGAUUUGACUGCUUCCAAAGGUGGUCUCAAAAUGAAUGACAAAAACUCUGAGGAAUCUGAUUUGCGGGAUUCUUCGCCCCGCAACUCUCUACAACAUGAAGACGAGGGCAACACAAAGGCUGACACCAACAAUCAGGUGGAUGGUCUCGAUAAAUUGCCCAGCAAUGACAUAUUUUUUAUUGACAAGAAAGGCGGUGAAACACAAGAACAACCAUCCAUCUACACAACUGACUAUGUGUAUGAGGAACCAGCGUCGGAAUCGACUGAGGAGGCACAACCAGGGAUGGAGUGUUUCAACUGUGGAGGCAACCAUCAUGUUAGUGACUGCACCAAAGCACUGGAUUCAGCCCGGAUCUCACGGAAGAGAAAGGAAAUGGCAAGAAAUGCUUCUUCCAAAAAAAUGAGAUACUUUGAGCACGAAAUGAUGAGCAAGCGUUAUCAACCUGGGAAAUAUAGCAAGGAGCUUAGAAAUGCCCUGAAUCUUCAUCCGCAAGAACUUCCUCCUUUCGUCUACCGAAUGCGUGUGCUCGGGUAUCCUCCCGGCUGGCUGAAAGAUGCAGAAAUUGAAACAUCAGGGCUACAAAUUUUUGGUCUUGAUGGACAGGAGGAUGAGAUUGAAGAUGGAGAAAUAGAUUCUACAGAAAAACGAGCUCAGUAUGAUCCAAGUCGGCUUAUCAGUUUCCCAGGCUUCAAUGUCCCACUGCCACCAGGUGUUCUGGAUUUGCAUGAAGAAUAUAACAUGCCUCCCAUGCAGCCCCAUCAGCAAAAAUAUGAAGCGGAAAAAUAUAUGUCGUCACCACAAGUGAAGCCUCUCUCUCGGCGUGCAAAGUUUCCAGCUGUUACUGUCAAGCCGAGCACUGAUACUGGGCCUGUUGUUGAUAUGGAUAUGGAUGAUGGAGUCGAAGAUGGUCAGUUGGGCACACCAAGCACAGUUCCAAACUAUGCGCCUCUCAACGGUACCAACGAACCCUCGACGCCAAGCAAGCCCGUUUACAUCCCAACUCCUUGCGAACAGCUGGCACUCAGAAGUUUGGAAGCAGAGUUAGAGCAAGAGGGUGCAAAAACCUUGAGCGAGAAAGUCAAAGCAGGUGCUGUCUUGGAGACGGCACAACCGGACAGCCCGCCCUCAAACUCUGGCUCGCAAGAAGUGGUCAUGGGCACUCCCUUUCUCAUGGGCUUCAGCCCGUACACUCGUCUUCCUCCAAGAGAGAACUUUGCCAAGGGAGUGUCCGAGUACAUUCCGUUUGAGAAUUUGCCUGGUUCCACUGGCACCUUUGAGAAACUCCGUGGGGUGAUCUCCAAAGUGAGGGCUGCCCUGCAGGCCAGGCAAGCAGACAGCUCGUGACUGGACACCCUAACUGUAGAUGUGGCGUUGGCCAGAGAAGUCUGUGCAGAUGAUGCAAGAAAUUGUUUCGAUGCUCUUCGUUGUCUAAGAGCACCAAAGGAAAGUAUCUUUGUUUGCUGUAGGGUCAAGCUGUAUUGAAUGUUUUCAUCACCAUCAUUCAUGUGUACAAGGAGGAAGAAUAUACCUAGUGUGUAUGCUGCUAACAGACGUACAUAAAGGUAUUGUGACAUUUU